AUGAAGUUCGUUGCUGCCAUUUUGAACACCCUGGUCGUUGCCGUGAUUGUUUCGGUCCAUGGGGCCAGCGCCGUGAAGCUCCGAGGUGCCAUGGAAGCGUUGACUCGCAAGUUGCAGGACAAUGGAGCCGAUGUUGGAUGUAUCACUAUUACCGGCAUUGAUGGAACUGUCAGGACUCCUCAACCCUGCAACACCGCGGCUCCUGUUAGCCCCGGAACCGGAGGAGACUCCUCUUCUUCCGACAGUGAAGACUAG